UGCGCCAUUGUGUUAACUGCGCAUGUCAGACAUUACUCAACAAACAUGGCGGCGCCCUACGUGACAGCAGUCAGGACAUUACUGAAAGGAGUUUGCUAUGUUCCCGAAAGAUGGCUCCUUACGCAGAGGAGCCGAGCCCCUGCAGUAUGUCGGUGUUCGCAGCUACAUGUCUCCCCUGCUGCCUCCCUGUGCAGCUCCAAGACCGGGGCUCACAGCAAAGCCGACCCACGCACAGACGACAGGAAAGCUGGGGAGCAAGAGGAGGAGGAGGGUCCUGAAUACAUGCCCAGGAGAAAGGCAAAGAAUCCCAUGAUGCCUAUUGGCUAUGCCUGGAUGAUAGGCCUCCCUGCAGGUAUCAUCGGCUUCCUGCUGACCAAGAGAGAAGUUGACAAGAACCGACUGAAGCAGCUGAAGGUCCGACAGAGGAUGAGGAUGUCAAACGAAGGAGAAUAUGAGGGGAGUCGCUACCGCCAGCAUAAAGAGGAUCUCAAACUGGAGCGAUGAUGUAUAUGUAUGGCUGCAAUGUUAUGCACAUAUCCUAAAUGUCACCACUGAGACGUUGACUUCACUGCACUGCAGCAAAAAGACUGAUUACAGAAGAAAACUUCAUGAGUUUAAAAACCUCUCAGAGUAUUUCUUUCUGAAGCAAAAACAUGACAUUGUGCUUGUGACAGCCAUUUUGUUUGCUUCUUUUUGGGCAGACUUGAUUUUUCCUGCUUAUGUACAGAGAUGCUUAUAGAUUACUUUGUUGAAUCUGGAGAAAGAUCAUUUAUUUGAUUGAUGCUGAUGUUCGUUAAAUAUGAUAAAGCAAAUAAAUGUAUAUUUAUACAGAA